AUGCGCGAGCUCGUGCACGUCCAGGGUGGCCAAUGUGGAAACCAGAUCGGAGCGAAGUUUUGGGAGGUCAUCGCCGAUGAGCAUGGCAUCGACCCGACUGGCACCUACCACGGUGACUCCGACCUGCAGCUCGAGCGCAUCAACGUCUACUUCAAUGAGGCGACAGGUGGCCGCUACGUGCCGCGUGCCGUGCUCAUGGAUUUGGAGCCAGGCACCAUGGACAGCGUUCGAGCCGGACCUUUCGGUCAGCUCUUCCGCCCGGACAACUUCGUGUUUGGCCAAACUGGCGCUGGAAAUAAUUGGGCCAAAGGACACUACACCGAAGGUGCCGAGUUAAUUGACUCGGUGCUUGACGUGGUGCGCAAAGAAGCCGAGGGAUGCGAUUGCCUGCAGGGCUUUCAGCUCUGCCACUCCCUCGGUGGCGGCACCGGCGCGGGCAUGGGCACCUUGCUGAUCUCGAAGGUGCGAGAGGAGUACCCGGAUCGAAUCAUGGAGACAUUCUCCGUGAUUCCAUCUCCGAAAGUUUCGGACACAGUGGUUGAGCCCUACAAUGCAGUGUUGAGCUUCCAUCAGCUGGUGGAGAACUCCGACGAGUCUUUCCUGCUGGACAACGAAGCUCUUUAUGACAUCUGCUUCAGAACUUUGAAGCUGACAACACCCACGUACGGCGACCUGAAUCACUUGGUGUCUGCUGCCAUGAGCGGAGUGACCUGCUGCUUGCGAUUCCCGGGACAGUUGAACUGCGACCUGCGCAAGAUUGCAGUGAACCUGGUGCCCUUCCCUCGCCUGCACUUCUUCAUGACCGGCUUUGCCCCCUUGACCUCCCGCGGCUCUCAGCAGUACCGCGCCCUGACCGUGCCCGAGUUGACCCAACAGAUGUUCGAUGCAAAGAACAUGAUGUGUGCCGCCGAUCCCCGGCAUGGGCGCUACCUGACUGCUGCCGCACUCUUCCGUGGCCGCAUGUCGACGAAGGAGGUCGAUGAGCAGAUGCUGAACGUCCAAAACAAGAACUCCUCCUACUUCGUUGAGUGGAUCCCCAACAACAUCAAGGCCUCCGUUUGUGACAUCCCGCCCAAGGGACUCAAGAUGGCGGUGUCCUUCGCCGGCAACUCCACUGCCAUCCAGGAGAUGUUCAAGCGCGUGGCAGAGUACUUCACGGCCAUGUUCCGCCGCAAGGCCUUCUUGCACUGGUACACCGGCGAAGGCAUGGACGAGAUGGAGUUCACUGAGGCAGAGUCGAACAUGAACGACCUGGUAUCGGAGUACCAGCAGUACCAGGAUGCCACCGCCGAGGAAGAAGGCGAGUUCGACGAGGAGGAGGGCGAGUAUGAUGGAUAG